AUGGGUUGGUUGCAAAAGAUUCUCAUUCCCUUUUUGGGAUUGGUUUUGGCCUUCUGGUUUUAUUCUGCGAGGGAGAAUUUCAAACCGGAGAUGCUGAAAGGGAAGCGGGUGAUUGUCACUGGAGCAAGCACUGGAAUUGGUGAGCAGAUGGCGUAUCACCUGGCACGGAUGGGAUCCCACAUUUUGAUCACAGCACGGACAGAGGCCAAGCUACAGAAAGUGGUGGAGCGGUGCCUGGAGCUGGGGGCAGCCUCCGCAUGGUACAUCAGCGGCACCAUGGAGGACAUGGCCUUCGCUGAGCACGUGGUGAAGAAGGCAGAGACCUUGCUGGGAGGCCUAGACAUGCUGAUUCUUAAUCACGUCGGCACAUCGUACUUUGGUUAUUUCAAUGGGGACGUUGGGCACGUACGAAAGCUCCUGGAGAUCAACUUCCUCAGCUACGUGGCGAUGACCACGUCUGCCCUGCCCAUGCUGAAGGAGAGCGAGGGCAGCAUCGUAGUGGUUUCAUCCAUGGCAGGUAAAGUCGGGUUUCCCUUUACGGUCCCCUACUCUGCAACUAAGUUUGCCUUGGAUGGAUUUUUCAGCUCCCUGAGGCAGGAAUUCAGCAUUCAGAGCGUUAACGUUUCCAUCACGCUCUGCAUCCUUGGCUUCAUUGAUACGGAGAGCGCGGUGCGCGCCGCCGCCGACCUGCUGCUGGUGUCGCCGGCGCCGCGGGAGGAGUGCGCGCUGGAGAUC